UUUUUUUUUUUUUUUUUUUUAAUGCUUAAUUACACUAUUUCCAGUGCUGCUCAAGAUGUGAUAUGUUUGCUGAGGAAUGCGCUGUAUCGUAUUUGAGAACUUUGGUGUAAUAGAUAUUAAUUAUUUGGUUAAUCUUCCAGCAUGAGACAUCUUUAAGUAAUCAGUUGGCAGAAACAUGUGCAUGCUGUACCAGGAAGUUGGUUUCCGACAUCAAUAACUCAGAAGCUACAUGUCCAAUUUGUCAGGAUUCAUCAUGGUUAAAUUCAGAUAGGAUGUUACAUGUAGAGCUGAAAGGUUUUGAUUGUACACAAAUGGGCUAAUUUUUAGCACGUGACAACGGCGUGAUUUUUAACAAGAGAUGAGUAAGGAAUUCUUAACUUACAAUCAUAUAUCUCUUACGAACAUUUUGAAUUGAAUUGGUUUCCUAAGUAGACCUGGCUUUUUGGAGUAUAUUUUUCUCUACCGGUCGAGCCACAAUGCUCAGCCAAGACAGAUUUAUGACCUUUUAAAAGUAAUGAUGGAAAAUGAGAUUGGAGGAAACAUUUUAGUAUCUGCUUUGCUCUGAGGCCUGAACUGCGAACUCUCCAGUUCUUGAAGGCGUUGAAAUGCUGAUUCCAGCCUUCUUGUGGGUUCUUAAACACCUUCUCAGAUGACCCAUUUUAAUAACCCGAAAGCCGUUAUAUAACGAGCAGCCAUAAUUUAGUCCAGAGCUCCAGGGGGCCCCUCACAGUUCAGCAAUGAAUAGUUAAUGCAGUAUAACGUUUAGCAGGUUAUUAGUUUCCACCAUACAAAUGCUGAUCAGGGAGCGCUUUUAUAAGGUGUUGAAAAGAAAAUGUAAUUAACUGGUCGCGUGUUUUCUCUUGCAGCUCAAAUUGAAAUUAUUCCAUGCAAGAUCUGUGGAGACAAAUCAUCAGGAAUCCAUUAUGGUGUCAUUACAUGUGAGGGCUGCAAGGGCUUUUUCAGGAGGAGUCAGCAAAGCAAUGCCACCUACUCCUGUCCUCGGCAGAAGAACUGUUUGAUUGAUCGGACUAGUAGGAACCGCUGCCAGCACUGUCGGUUGCAGAAAUGCCUUGCCGUAGGGAUGUCUCGAGAUGCUGUAAAAUUUGGCCGAAUGUCGAAAAAGCAGAGAGACAGCUUGUACGCCGAAGUGCAGAAGCACCGGCUGCAGCAGCAGCAGCGAGACCACCAGCAGCAGCCUGGAGAGGCCGAGCCCCUGACGCCGACCUACAACAUUUCGGCCAACGGGCUGACGGAACUCCACGACGACCUCAGCAACUACAUCGACGGGCACACCCCCGAGGGGAGCAAGGCGGACUCUGCAGUCAGCAGCUUCUACCUGGACAUACAGCCUUCCCCAGACCAGUCGGGCCUGGAUAUCAACGGCAUCAAACCAGAACCAAUAUGUGACUACACAGCAGCAUCAGGCUUCUUUCCCUACUGUUCUUUCACCAAUGGAGAGACGUCCCCGACGGUGUCCAUGGCAGAACUAGAACACCUUGCGCAGAAUAUAUCUAAGUCACAUCUGGAGACUUGCCAAUACUUGAGAGAAGAGCUCCAGCAGAUAACGUGGCAGACCUUUCUCCAGGAGGAGAUUGAAAACUAUCAAACGAAGCAGCGGGAGGUGAUGUGGCAAUUAUGUGCCAUCAAAAUCACAGAAGCUAUUCAGUAUGUGGUGGAGUUUGCCAAACGCAUCGAUGGAUUUAUGGAACUGUGUCAAAACGAUCAAAUUGUGCUUCUCAAAGCAGGUUCUCUAGAGGUGGUGUUCAUCAGAAUGUGCCGUGCCUUCGACCCCCAGAACAACACCGUGUACUUUGAUGGGAAGUAUGCUAGCCCGGACGUCUUCAAAUCCCUAGGUUGUGAAGACUUUAUUAGCUUUGUGUUUGAAUUUGGAAAGAGCUUAUGUUCUAUGCACCUGACUGAAGAUGAAAUUGCGUUAUUUUCUGCAUUUGUACUGAUGUCAGCAGAUCGCUCGUGGCUGCAGGAAAAGGUAAAAAUUGAAAAGCUGCAACAGAAAAUUCGGCUAGCACUUCAACACGUCCUACAGAAGAAUCACCGAGAGGACGGAAUACUAACCAAGUUAAUAUGCAAGGUGUCGACAUUAAGAGCCUUAUGUGGACGGCAUACGGAAAAGCUAAUGGCGUUUAAAGCAAUAUAUCCAGACAUUGUACGACUUCAUUUUCCUCCAUUAUACAAGGAGUUGUUCACUUCCGAAUUUGAGCCAGCGAUGCAGAUUGAUGGGUAGAUGUAUCACCUGAGCACUUCUAGAAUGUCUGAAGUACAAACAUGAAAAGCAGACCCACACACAUUAACCGAGACACUUUAUAUGGCCCUGCCCAGACCUGGCGCGCCAACACACCGUGCCCAUCAUUUGGUGAUCAGUGUCAGGCAAAGGAGGGAAACAAUGAAAACAAGUAAAAGGUGAACUUGUUUUUCUCAUGCAUAUGAUUUCCAUUAUGCCUACAGAUAUGGACCCUUUUUCUGUCUCGACUUCUUGACCGCUGGCCUCUGUUUACACAGAAGGAGGGUACUAGAGUCGAAGGAGCUCCUUUUCUUGUAGCUCACUGCCCAGAGACUUCCUGAAGCGUCACCCAUCUGUCACUCACCACAGAGAGACCCGCAGUAAUCGGUGGCUGGUGUGCAUAGCGGAGCUUGCGGCAUUACUUUGCACAACUUGCUCUUUGUUUCAUGAAGGAAGAUUUUUUGUUUUGUUUUUCAUUUUUCACCGAUUAUUGCCAGUCGGCAGGACGGCAUGAAAAGGGUCCAUAGCACUAGCAACAAUAGCAUUAUAAUAUAUUACAGGGUAAAUGGGCAUGAAGACUAUAUAUAUAGCUAAAAGAGAUAUUGUUUAUAUAUUGUUUUAAUUAAUAUAAAAUGUAGUUACUGGUGUAGCUUUUCCUGUUGAACUGAUAAGGCACUUUCAUUUUGCACCUUUUUCUUUAAAUUAAAUACUAGCGUGUUCACUGCCGCGUCACACGUACCCCAGAAACACAAGUUUAACUGAGAAGAAGGCUUGGCAGGUACGUCGGGAGGUGUUUAUGCUGCUGUUUACAAAAUUCCUUUUAAAAGACUGGCUGGUCAUAUCUAGAAAUCACGAUGUUGAAUUGUUUCCUUUUUUUUUCUUUUUUCUUUUUAACACAUGGAUUGGGAAUUAGAAACGGGACGCUCCCUAAAUUAUACUUUGCUUUUUGGUGAGUUUCCGGGUAGAUGUCUUUAUGCUUCAUACAAAGUUGAAUGUUUGAUGGGUGUUGUGGAUUUAUGGUAUCAUGCACUUUUAAAAAAAAAAAAAUUAAAAGCUUUUUUAAAUGCCACCUUGUGGAGACAGGGAAGGAGAGGCUCAUUUUAUACAAUUCAGUAGCUGCGUGGACUCAAUCUCCACUUGGAAUCCUUAUGCUUUGAGAACAAAUCGAUAACGAGAAUAUUUAUUGAAAUCUAGCUUUUAUUUUAAGAAGGACCCAAAGAUUAUAUCUGGAGCAAACGCCCACUCCACUUACGAGGACAUGAAGCGUAUACUUUGUGAAUGUUUAUGUUCUUAGAAACAGUAAGAGUUUAUCCCAGAGUGACCUAAUUCUAGACUAGCUGCCUCUAGAUGUUACCCUUCUAGAAUAUUGCUCUCCAGCUUGUCUAGACAAUGGCUAGGACGGUGAGGGAGGCAUACAAUGUUGAACCAGUGUCUCUUAUUUAAAUAGUAAAUAUUUUCAGCCUUGAAAGUGAAGUUGAUGCUAGCUGCAAACAUUUACUCUUGUAUUUAUCUUUACUAGAAAACUGUGGACUGUAAUUUAUUUUAUUAACUAUUUAGCAGAUUGUUGGGCUUUUGUGUUCAGGUGCGACCUAGUGAUUUGUGUUACUUUGGUUUUGUCUUGCAUAAUCCCCAGUGGGGGCUGGGGGGGCAGGGGGGUGUUGGGAAGGGAACAGUCCAGUAUACAAGUGUGCACGUUUGGAAAACAGGGUGACCUUUCCAGAACCUCAGCAUUGCGAGCACGAUACCGCUCACACGUGUGGGAUUCACGCCUCUGGUCUGAUAUUCACGGCCUUGUGUGUACAUGUUUCUACAGCGAGGAAACAUCUUUCCGUGGCGUAAAGGUGGGAGUUUCAAACAGCCCUUUGCAGACCAGAAACUGUCUCCUCUGCCCCUCAGAUCCUUCCUGAAUUUUCCUCAGGAAUUCGGCUCCUGAUGCCAUGCUGGAUCCCCAGCCUGGGUUCCCCAGGGCCCUUCACUGUUUUUAACCCCUCUGACUUGUUUCGAGAGGGACUUGGACAAGGGGAAGGGAUUAUUUACAAAGAAGUAUGUAUGAAGCCUAAAUAACAUCUAAAUUUUUUUUCCAAAAAUAUACUAAGAGUUUAACCAUAAAUAGAAGACGAGAGGAAUAUUUACUUAAAUUUCUUACAGAUGUAUAAAACUUUAAUGUGUUUACAUAGAGAGGUUAAGUGUUGGCAUAUAGUAUUUAUACUGGGGCAAGAAGGGUUAAGUCAAAUUUUUUAAAUUUAAGUAAGCAUAGUUCCUUUAAAGAUCAAUAGUAUUUAUACUCUUAAAAAAAAAAAAACAAACCAAGCUUAGUUCAGUUAUUUAUUUGUCCAUUUCAUUCUGUUCUUGGUCCUUUGGGGGAAAAGGGUGCUUGACUCUGGGGGUCGGGGGGCUUGUUUUGUUUUCUUUUUGGUCAUUCCAAUUCACUAAAAUUGGGGAUGGUUUUAUUAAAGUACAUUAACUUCUUUUUAACCAAAGCUUUCUGAAUAUGACCAGCCUCAGGUGCUAGCGUAUUAAAGAGCAACUAAACCUAAUUUCAGUGUCCAUGCGAGAUGCUAAGAGCUAAUUGAACUUCUCCAAGGGUGAGAGAGAACUGAAUGUUGAACUUAAAAGAAACUCCUUUCCAGAUAGGAUUUUGCAUGUACCUAAUGCCAAAAAAAAACCGAGGCUCUAAUCUCCGUAAUAGUCCCUUCCUGUGACGUUGUCUGUAUGGGAAACCAAGAUACGGCGAUGUGAUGCUGUGGCUAGGUCGUUCUGAGGGAAGAGCAGGGUGUGGCAUCUCACAGCAAAGUGCAGCGACUGUGCAGGAACAGAGUAGUAGAGACUGCUCAGUGAGAUGAGGGAACAACUAUUACUUGGAUCCAAGUUGGGAUCUGAAGUUAAACAAUAAAUUCAGUGGGAAAAAAAAAAUGGAGUCCAGAAAAGGAUGUGACAAACUUUGCAUUUUUUUCUUCCCGGUUAUAGAAACACCUGUGUGGUAACACAAACUACUUGGUUAUUCUUAAUAGUUCUUACAACUGAAGUUUCCUAAACGUGAAUGUCCAAUAGUCUUUUCAGGAUUGGAGCCAUGGCAUUGUCAACUUGGCUGCUGUAAAGCAUUUUAGACGAUUUUUUUUACCUAGGGUCGAUACGGCUUUGGUAGAAAGCCUGACCACCUUCUGUUACAGUGGCGUCCAAAGUUUGUACUGCAUUGUGAAAAAACUGACCUUGAUCACAAUGAAAAAAAAAAAGUGCAGAUGAAAGUGCUUUUUGGACAGUUUGUAAAUUGCAUUAAAGCUACGGAUUUUUUUUUUAAAGUGUUCAGCAUCCUAAUUUGCGUUAAAGCUAUGGAUUUGUUUAAAGUCUUCGGCAUCCUACUUCACCCUUCCUAAUUUAGGGAAACUAUGACUUAUGACACUGCUUCUAAGUUUGGUUGUUCUUUAUAGUGUGGAAACUCAGAUCUCUGUGAGUGUGUGGGGUGGGAUGGUGGGGUCAGGUGAGGAAUGAGCGUGUGUGUGUGCGCGCGCGCGCGUAUGAUGUGCGUGCGUCAGACUGCUUCUAGGCUACUAAGUGUCAAUGGAAAAGAAAAUGUAUUCAAAAUACUUAAAUCAAAACUAGAAGAUGGGGAAAAGAAAAAGAUUUAUUCUAUACAAAGCCUUGUCUGGACCACUUUAGAGAGACUUCUAUUUUUUUAAACCCUUCUAUAAAUAUUUGAUGGCACUUGAAAUAUUCCUGCAAUAAAAUGUGAUUUGUGUAAAGAAAAAAAAAAAAAAGAUUUUGUAAUGUGAAACCAUGAAAGAAAGUAAUGUAAUUUUCUAAAAAAAAAAAUACAAACAAAACAAACUUUGUAUUAUUUUCUUGAUGGAAUCUGUCUGUCUUUGGAAAACUUUUUAUUUCAUUGACUGUGCCAUAGCAGAAAUAUGUGUUUUUAGUUGUAGACUAAGGAAUAGCUGUUUGUGUUCCGACAUUCCAAAACGCAAAACAACCUAGUCGAAACUUUAAUGAAAAGGUUGAAGUAGUACGUGAGCUUCUCUCGUUGUUGCUUUUUUGCACACGUUCUCCCUUCCUCUGUAGUGCAAUAUGUACAUAGAGCACUUGCGGGUGUACCUUGAUCCCUCAGGGAAAAAAAAAUACAUAUUUGUACAGUUUUUUGUUUUUGUUUUGUUUUUUGCCUUUUUGUUUUUGGCUAAGGAAUGUCGACUGAAUCACUUGUUAUUGUUGAGGGGCAGCCAGAUAAUAAUCCUAAAGCCACUGUUUCAAACAUCAAUGGUUGAAAUCAUGUGUCCUUCCCGUGCUAUUAUUUUAAGGUAAUAAUAAUAAAAAGUUAUUUUCUGACGGUUCUUUGUGCUGACUGGUGAAAAAAAAGGGUAAAUAAGCACCUUAUGAUUGACUUACUGUGAAUGACAAUCCAUCUUGACAUCAACAACAGCAGCCCUAUCAUUUUGCAGUUGGGGUUAAGAGUCGGAAACGAAGUGCUCAGGGAUCUUCUAAAACUCGUAAAACAGGGUGGCCAGUACUACUGGGGCAAAUUGUGUUUUUCCUUAUUAGUAAGAAUGAUAAUAAUACUAUCCCUCCAAGGCACAAGUGAACUGUGUAGAACUACGUGUGUGUAUGUGUGUAAACUUUUCACUGUGUCUCUGUUGAGUUGAAAACUUAAUGUACUGUUCGGUCUUGUGUACUUAAAAACACUGGAAAACUUCCAAAGCAGUACAUUAGUGUGUUCCAGAGAGACAUUCGUAUAUAAUGUACCGACAAGGAAUAUCAUUCAAACUGCAGUCUUGCAUACUCCACUUCCCAUUCUCUGUUACCUAAAAUGGAAACCCUGGUGGCCUAGUGGUUAAGAGCUACGGCCGCUAACCAAAAGGUCGGCAGUUCGAACCCACCAGGCGCUCCUUGGAAACUCUAUGGGGCAGUUCUACUCUGUCCUGUAGGGUCGCUAUGAGUUGGAAUCGACUCAACGGCAACGGGUUUGGUUUUGGAAUAACUAAAAUAUUCAUGUUGAAUAUAUUUAUAGCAUUAUACAUCAAAAUCUAUGUCAAAUUCUACAUACUAUGGAUAAAAAGUUGUUAAAACCCAGUGACCAGAUGGGAGAGACCUGCCUACCAAGUGCAAUGAGAGAGGUAAAAGAAAAAAACACAUUUGUUUUUUUAAACGCCAGCAGACACUAUUGUUUUCACUGUAUCCUCUUGUAGAAACAAACCAAAAUAUCUCUUUAUGUAAGACAAUUCUACUUCCACAUUGUAGUUUGUAUCUGUUAAAUUAAUACAAGCACUGGUGUUGAAGAACAAAGCAAAGCCUGCCUAUGUAACAACGGGAAGUAACUUGUCAGGUGACAACUGACAUUUUUGAGAUACAAUCCUGUUCUCAUAGUACCAUAUAGUACUUUCCAUAAUGUCAGUCAGCCUCCGUGUAAUGGUUGGCUUUGAUUCUUCCACAUCUGAAAUACAGAUUCAGAACAACUGUUACAUAUUUUCUUACUACCGUGAGAGAGGCAAUAGUUUGGGAAAAUUUUGCAUGUCUUACAGAUCAAAAAGGUACCUUCACCUUGUUUUUUAUAAUAAAAAAAUAUGGAAAAUGGCAGAUAUAUAUAUAUAUAUUACAUAUAUGUAUAUGCAGGUUACUGAGAUUUUUACAUGUUAUAAUGUGUCACUUCUUUCUUGUAAAGAUAUGAUACAACAGAACCUCAUAAAACAACUUUAUACUAUGUUAUACUAUGGAUCAAAUUAUGUGCCCAGAAAUGCAAUUGCAACAGUAAAUCUUAAUCUGUUGCUGAUAGUCCCUGAUACAGGUCUUCAUUCGAACCCCAAACACUAGUAUUAUAAAGAAGUUCUGCUGGAUUUGAGGAAAGAAAUUUUCCUAUUGUUGUCUAUUUUUAAAGAGAUGAAAAGGCUGACUAGCCAUGUUUCCACAAAACAAUUGGCUUCACUUCUGGGUCUGUUUGUUCCUUUGUUUGCUUGUUUCUUCAUAUGUUGAGAUGAGAUCGGUUCUGUCAGGCUCUCAGAAUGGUUUUAAAAGUAACCCAGAAGCCUGGCUUCAUCCCAAGGAACCAUCCUAGAUGGGGGAUCUCCAUGUUCAACCGGACCCUCAGAACUUAGAGCAAUAAAUACAUUCAGUCAUUUAUUUAUAAAUGAAUGACAGAAUAUUCAAUCCAAAUAGAAACAACCCUUCUUCAGCGAUGCAACAUAACAUGGAGUCUUGUAUUUAGAAAGUGAAUAUGAAUAUUUUAAAUAGAUGCCUAGAGAAUCCGUGUUUGCUGUUUACAUGUAGUGUCCUUUGUCACACUGGCAGUACCCAUUUCCUUGUCUUUUUUUCCUCCUAAGAACUAAGGAGAGAGAGCUUGCCAUUAGCUUUGACAUACUGCGCGCGCCAUCAUGUUGUUCUGGAAGAGCAACUCAGUUCUCUUCAGUGUUUGUGUGUGAUUCCUUUCUCACUCCUUAUUCCUUUAAUGUGGAUGAAUACUAUUCCUAGGAACUUGAUUAUCAUUGAAUAGAUCGCAUAUGUAAAUGCAGAUAGUUCUUGAGCAAUAUAGUGAAUAUGAGUUCACAAAAAAAUUCGUAUGUACUGUACACAUCUUCCUGAAUCCGAAAUUCUCUUCUUGUCCGUAAUGGUUUGAAAUCUCAUAUAAAACAGUGGUAACUUUUUAAACAUUAGGACAUUAGCUGGCUGCUUCUUUAAAUGUACCUGUAUUGUCUGCCUGCUCCUUUUGUGGAGAUGUGUUUUUGUAUUGGAUGUUUGGGCCAAUGGGAGGCUUCAAGCUACAACAUAUUUUCCCAGUUUAAAUAUAUUUAACAUAUGACAAACCCCAGACAAGGCUUUUAAUAUAUACCAAGAACUGCAAUGUUAGGUGGUUUAUUUGCAAACCGUUUUCAAUGUUGUCCAUUUUUAUGGCACCUAUAACAAUACUCUUGUUUCCAAAGUACAAAAAAAAAAAAAAAAAAGGUAAAUAAUCUAGCCAUAACUGAAUGUCAAGCAAUAAAACAAACGACUUUUGUGCAUAGAUUUUAAAAAAAAUACAAAUUUUAGACAUCUGCAUGUAAAUGCAAUCUCUUGUUUACUGCUUUCUUCACCUUGGACAAUUGAUUCCUUAUUUACUAUUAACUUAAGGACUUGUAAUGGCCUGUACACAUUUUCUCUCUUACUCUUCUUUCAAUUUACCUUCAUCCCUGCUUUUGAGUCAUGAUAUUUAAUGUUGUUCUGCACAUCUCUAUACAGUUAACUUUUCGGCUUUCCUUCUGUAUAGAUAAGAAAAUGUUAUAUUAUAAACAGCCUACUCAGUGCAAAUAUUUAUCUGUUUAAUCAAAUACCACAAUAUGCUGUAUAAUACCGGUUUUACUAUAUAAUCUAUUUUAGACAUAGCUGUUUAGAACUAGAGUGUGCUAUUUUUGUGUUUUUCUGAUGUGUGGUGCUAGAUAAGUUACUUUUGUGAACAACAAAAAACCCCUUUUAUUCCUAGACAAUACCACCUUUGGGUCUUGUUAAUUUCACUGAGUAUAGAUAUAUAUUUAUAUAUAUAUAUACAUAUACAUAUAUAUAUAUAUAUAUAUAUAUAUAUACCUACCUGUGCCCAACUAGCAGCUGUAUCAGAGUGCUGGAUUUGGGACAUGCUUUUCUCUUUAAAUACAUAAUAUCAUAUAAAUUAUUCUAGAGUGUAUUUAAUUAGGAUAAAAUUACUUCCUUAGGAUUGAUAUUUGACAUCUAGCGGGUGAAUUUGUUUAUAAAUAUGGAUGUAUGAAAACUUACUAUCAGUUACUUUAUGUUUGCUAUGUGGCUUCAUGCCGUAUCUCCUGAGCUGAAAAAUAGUUUGCCAGGCCUUCAAGAUCCUAAAGAAACACUCUCGUUAAAUGGAGUAAUUUUUUUUUCUUACUAAGGAAUUAUGUUAUUGGCACCUGACAGAGUUGUGUGCUUAGCUCCUAUUAUGGAUAAUAGGCAUUUGUAUAAGAUAUCCUUGGGGCUUGAUGGCAGAAUAAACCUUUCCCUUCCCACCUGAGUCAUGAGAAGUACGGAGACAUCCAUUAGCAGCACAUGGACUAUCAACGCAAAUUCAAGGGAUGGCCUGCUUUAAUGUGACCUCGACCAGUUCCAUAAACUGAGUGAAGGACUUUCAUUUUAAAAGUCAUUUAGCAGUGACCUUCAUUAAACUCUUUUAUCUAUUCUCCCAAGACCUAUUGGCAUUC